AUGAGCUACAUGCUCAUCUACAUCCCCCUGCUCUUCCCCGUCGCCUGGCUGCUGGACAAGAAGGGCCUGCGCCUCAUCGCCCUGGCCGGCUCGGCCCUCAAUGCUGUGGGUGCCUGGGUGAAGCUGGGCAGCCUGAAGCCGCGCCUCUUCCCCGUCACUGUCCUGGGACAGGUCAUCUGUGGCCUGGCCCAGGUCUUCAUCCUGGGCAUGCCCUCACGCAUCGCCUCGGUCUGGUUUGGCUCCCAGGAGGUCUCCACCGCCUGCUCCAUUGCGGUCUUUGGGAACCAGCUUGGCAUUGCUGUAGGCUUUCUGGUCCCUCCAGUUCUGAUCCCUAAUGUGGAGGAUGUGGAGAAGCUGGCCUACCACAUCAGCAUCAUGUUCUUCCUGACUGCAGGUGUGGCAUCAGCCCUGUUCAUCCUGGUCAUUAUAGUCUUCAAAGAGAAGCCCCCGAACCCUCCAAGCCGAGCUCAGGCCCUGAUCCAGUCCAGACCAGCUGCAGAGUAUUCCUACGUGCAGUCAAUCCUCCGCCUGCUCCGCAACACCAACUUUUUGCUGCUUAUGGUCACUUAUGGUCUGAAUGUAGGUUGUUUCUACGCCUUGUCCACUCUGCUGAACCGCAUGGUGAUCCAUCACUACCCAGGGGAGGAGGUGAAUGCUGGCAGGAUUGGACUCACCAUUAUACUGUCGGGGAUGGCUGGGGCUCUGAUCUCUGGCAUCUGGUUGGACAAAACCAAAACCUACAAGCAAACAACGCUAGUUGUCUAUAUCAUGUCUCUGGUGGGAAUGAUAGUCUAUACCUUCACUCUGAGCCUGGGCCACCUCUGGGUGGUCUUUGUGACCGCUGGGUUGCUGGGGUUUUUCAUGACAGGAUACCUUCCCCUGGGCUUUGAGUUUGCUGCAGAGUUGACAUACCCAGAAUCAGAAGGAACAUCAUCAGGACUCCUUAAUGUCUCAGCACAGAUUUUUGGUAUUGCCUUGACCAUUAGCCAAGGGCAAAUCAUGGAUCGCUUUGAGACAAAGGCAGGAAACCUCUUGCUUUGUUCUGUCCUGUUCCUGGGGACCAUUAUGACAGCAUUCAUUAAGGCUGAUCUCCGAAGACAACGGGCCAAUUUGGAAAAUGAACAGACAAGACUCCAAGGCAGCAAUCAGAUCAUGGAUUAUGGGACUGUAGCUUGUAAAUCUAACCCCAUCAAUUGCCACUCCUGCUCACUAGCUUAUACACACCAAGAUAUCAGUCUUGCCUUACAAAAGUGUUGCCAGAAGCCUACACUAAUCCCAUAGUCCUUGAGGAAUCACGGCUGUGAAGUGAAGGGGUGGCAAAGCUGGGAGAUACAGCCCCCCUCACUCCCAUCUCUUCUACCUGCACCAUCCUCCUGUCACAUGCAUGCCAUGGGAGGGGAGCAGCCUCGGGACAGGAGCCCUGUGAACUGCUUGGGGAAAGUGUGAAAGAGCAAAACAAGAGGGGGGUUGCUUUCAUCACUUUUAGCCUUGCAUCAUGCUGUUUUGGUGUUUGGGAGGAAAAGUUGGGAAAAUCUGCUGUGUCUUCCCAGUCCCACCAUGUAUGCUUGGAAAAAGCAUAUGUGCUGAGAGAAAAGCCACAGUACCAGGCU